AUGGCAGCACCAACCCCGAAAAGUCCCCCCCCCCCCCCCCCCCCAACCCUCCCCUCCCCUCCCUCCUCCUCUGACUCAUCCAUAGAAACUCCUGCGCGUCUCCACCUGACUCACUCCUCCCUGCUCCUCCAGCCGGUCUCCUCCUCUCCCUCCGCCUCACACUCACCCCUCAGCGGCGGCCUCACACCCCCCAGCGGCGGCCUGACACCCGGACGAAGCACCGGCAUGCUGUGGAAGUCCCGGAGCAAGAUCGAGGCCGCGCAGGAGAGCAGCUGCUGCGCCUCAUCUGAUGGAGCGCUGAGCGGGAUCCCGCCCGGACACACCUGUGCGUCGCCUUCACUUCUCGUUCGGGGCUUCCGGAGCUUCCAGAUGUUGAUCCACAGCUACACGGCCAUGGUGAGUGAGACCCGGGGGGCAGGUGCUGGUCUGGGAGCAGGUGAACACCUCACAGACCUCAGAGAGGCUCAGAACCGCGGAUUCGGGGAAAACCGAGAUGAAAAAUUAGUCUCGAACCCACGGCCUCCGCGCUGUGACCGACUUUCCGCGGCCUGCGACACGCCGUCAUGUGCUACCUGCCGGCUUCGUGCGGCCCUGACCUCCGUGACGCGCGCGCAGCGGGGCCACAGGCGGCUGCUGUCAGCGCGCAUCUCUUCACUCAGACUCCGCCGCCUCCGACUCCUGGUCCGGGGGACUCCUGGUCUGAAGGCCUCUUCUUGUCUGCAGGAGCGCGCGGACGGACUCAGCGGCUCCUCCCCGGGGGGGCGCCUCUCCCAGCUGUCCUCCCUCAACCAGGCCGCCUACUCCGCGGCCCCGCCGCUCUGCCACACUCCGGCCUCCGACUUCCAGCCGCCGUACUUCCCCCCGCCGUACCCGCAGUCCUCCCUGCCCUACUCCCAGAGCCAGGACUCGGCCUACUCCCACCUGUCGGACCCCUACCCCUCCAUCAACUCCAUCCACCAGCACCAGCAGGCGGCAUGGCACGCGCAGAGGUCGCGCUCCGAGGAGGGGGGGCUGCUGUCUCAGUCUCACCGGGCGCUGGGCCUGGACCCCCGCAGAGAAUACCCCGCCGUGCCGCGGCUCCUGCACGGCCUCGGAGAGGGGGCGGCGGCUCUGGGGGACGGAGCUCUGGGGAUGCACCUGGGCCACCACGGCCUGGAGGACCUUCAGGGAAUGGAGGAAGGAUCCGCCCUGGGCAUCCUGGACCACUCUGUCAUUAAAAAAGCUCCUGCUUCUACCCUCAGGACGUUAGAGGGCUGUGUGCUGGUAGAGAGCUCAGAGAUAAAUGUAGCCGAGCUGAUGAUGGGGAGGAAAGUGGAGAAAAGUGAGUGCAAAGGAGCUGCUGGAGUGCCCAUCCCGGCCAAGCUGAACGGCUCGGCCCUGUCGGCGCUGUCCAUGGGGAAGGAGGGGCUGGGCAUGGGCGCCGUGUCCAACCCGGCCGAGGUCUUCUGCUCCGUCCCGGGACGCCUGUCGCUGCUCAGCUCCAACUCCAAGUACAAGGUGACGGUGGGGGAGGUGCAGCGGCGCCUGUCGCCCCCCGAGUGCCUGAACGCCUCCCUGCUGGGCGGAGUGCUGCGCAGGGCGAAGUCCAAGAACGGCGGCCGCUGUCUGCGGGAGCGUCUGGAGAAGAUCGGCCUCAACCUGCCCGCCGGGCGCCGCAAGGCCGCCAACGUCACCCUGCUGACGUCGCUGACCGAAUUUCCAGCCAGAGCAACAGCGGAGUACCUGUGCAGGCAGGGCGACCCGGACCAGCUGCCCACCCGCCGCAGCAUGCUGCUGGCCACAAAGGAGAUCUGUAAGGAGUUCCUGGACCUGCUGUCCCAGGACCGGUCCCCGCUGGGCGGCGGCCGGCCGGCGCCCUGCCUGGAGGCCGGCGUGCAGGCCAGCCUGACCCACUUCAGUCUGCUGACCCACGGCUUCGGGGGGCCGGCCAUCGGCGCCGCGCUGGCCGCCUUCCAGAGCUACCUGCUGGAGGCCCUCAAGCUGCUGGACAAGGCCCAGAACGGUGGGAAGGGCCUCCACGACAAGGACCUGAAGCUCCGCAAAUAG